CCCUUUCUUCACUGACGCCAACUCUUCUGUAUAGCAACGAAAGAGAGCACGCCGUCUUUGAAAGAACUGUUUGACUCGGGCCCUUCUCAAACAAAUCUGAACUCAGUGCAAGAAUAUACAUCAACACAGUGACGCUAGAGACUAGUGGGAACCUUUAGGCGAUCUCUUUUACUUUUCAAUUCCAGAUGCCGACAAGAAUAAAGAAAUAACACCUUGUUAAUGAAAUAUUGAAAAGAAGACAGGAAGGCUGAAGGGUUACCUGCCGAAAAUUUUGGUUUUAUGAUACUCAUGCGUUAAUGUAGGACUUGAUCCUUCUAUAGUAACAAAAUGGGACCGAGAAGGUUGUUUUGCUGUCUGGUGCUGGCUGUUUUUUUUGGACUCAGUCUGGAAAGUCCAACCAGCUGCGAUGAAGUUCGAAAAGUUUUUGAACUUAGACAGAUAGGACCCGUGAAAUCGCUGCCAGAAUUCCCAAUUACAGGCUCAGAUCUUCAGGUAUGUACUUCAAGGAACGUAACAUGCUGUACCAAAAAGAUGGAAGAGAAAUACCAGGUAGCAGCCAGACAUGAUAUCCAGCAUUUGCUGCAGACAUCCAGCUCAAGUUUAAAGUUUUUAAUUUCACGGAAUGUAGCUGCAUUUCAAGAAACAUUUGAAACACUCAUCCGGCAUGCUGAGAACCACACAAAUACAUUGUUUCGCACAACAUACAGAAACAUGGCUGCGGAUGCUGCUGGAUCUGUUAAGGAACUCUUUACAGAUGUAGGACUUUUUGUGUUGGGCUCUGAGGUCAGCGUUGAGGAUUUUGUCAACAGAUUUUUCGAUAGCCUGUUCCCUUUGGUUUACAACCACCUUAUAAACCCUGGCUUGACAGAUAUAACGAUUAACUAUGCUGAAUGCAUACGGAUGACAAGAAGGGACCUGAAUCCCUUUGGAAACUUUCCCAAGUUGGCAGUUGGACAAAUAGGAAGAUCUAUGCUACCAGGACGUGUUUUCUUACAGGCCUUGAAUUUGGGAAUUGAAGUUAUUAACACCACAGACCACUUGCAAUACACAAAGGAGUGCAAAAGAGCACUACUCAAGAUGCAGUACUGCCCCCAUUGCCAAGGGCUGACACAAAGCAAACCUUGUAUGGGAUACUGUCUAAAUGUGAUCAGAGGAUGCCUGGCCAACAUGGCAGAGAUUGACAGUCACUGGAGGGAGUAUGUAAGGUCUUUGGAGGAAGUGUCAAAUAGCAUGCAUGGAAGUUAUGACGUUGAACAAGUACUGCUUAACUUGCAUUCACUUGUGAAUGAUGCUAUAAUGCAUGCUCAAAUAAAUGGACCAAAGCUGUCAGUUCAGGUACACAAGAUGUGCGGACAUCCAAACAGAAAAUCAGCACAGUCAUCAGGCUCUCCACUUGAGAAUGCCAAAGAUUUGGUCUCUCUGAAGGUUCCUCCUAGAAAUACAGAAGAAUCUCUUGCCAGCAGACGAAAAGAGUUCAUUAAUAGUCUGCGGCUGUACCAGACAUUUUAUGCUGGACUUGCAGAUCAUCUUUGUGUGAGUGAGCUGGCUUCAUCUGAUGGGCUCUCAUGCUGGAAUGGAGCAGAUGUGGUAAAAAGUUACACCCUCCGAGUAGUUGGCAAUGGCAUUAAAGCUCAGAUGGCCAACCCAGAAGUAAAAGUGAAAGGAACCGAUCCUUUAAUAAACCAGAUCAUUGAUAAACUGAAACACAUCAAUCAGUUGUUGCAGGGGAAAUCCAUUCCAAAGUAUGGCAGCUUGGACUUGAUAGAGACUGGCAGUGGGAAUCAUGAAGGCCAGAUCAGUGGAGACUGUGAUGACGAAGAUGGUUGUUCGGGAUCAGGAAGUGGCGAAAUGAACAAAGUGCUGCAAGUCACCAAGCGGAUACCAGAGAAGGUGAAUGACAACAGAAGGCGUACCCAGCAGACAGAAAAUGUUGAAAUUAUGGACAGAUCUGGCACACACAGUAGAAAGGAAGCCAACAUUUUUACUUUUAAUUUGAUUUGUGUGAUCAGUUUCCUUUUAAAUGUCUGGUAACAUAACUGACAUACAGUGUAUAGUACUGAUUACUAAGCCUGCAAAAGAAAGGCUUGUUUUAACAAGUAGUGCCAAGAUGGCAUGACAGCAUGCCUCUUCUAUCAAAGAUAACAGGAAAACGUAGGAAUAACAUUAUGAAACUAUAAUUUAUUUGAAAAAAGUCUGGAAUACAUGUUUUCUGUCUUGAAUGAAAAUAUAUAAAUAAUCAGCAUGUUGUUCUCUUCACAGUGUAAGAAUAAAUUCUUCAAUAACACUAAAAUAUCCUGUGCCAUUGACUGUAUCAAGCACUCACUAAACUAGUUAUCUCACUAGUGGCAGACACUUAUUUCCACUUAUUUUUAAUAUCCAUGUAACAGCAUUAUCUUUAAAAAUGUAUUGUUUUAACUUUUUAUGUAAUUUAUUUAGUAACCAAGCUUUCAGUUCAAUAUUAUUAAGUAGCAUAUUUCAUUUAGACCUCACAGAAAGUUUUUCAAAUAAAAAAAAAAGUUUUUUAGCCAGAUAUUAAAAGCCAUCUGUUUUUGCUGCUGUGCGAUAAUGAGGAACCAAAUUCCAAAGUAAGAGCUAUUAUAUUUUUUUAGAAAUUAUUUUGGAGUUUUUUAAAAAAGAUUUAAAAAUGCAUCACAAUUACCACUGAAAUGCAAGAUUGCAUAUAAAGUAAGUAAAAAGACGAAACUUCUAACAGCCAUUUAUUUGGCUUUUGUCUCAGUGUCAAUCCUCCCUGACACACCUAAUCACAUUCUUGUUUAAAACCCAAGAUUUUUUCUAACACAGAAGGUUAGCACAUGGAUCUACCUAUCUUCCAAAAAGAAACAGUAAAGUUAUUUUUUAAUUUUUUAUUGUUAUUUUGAAUUCAGUUAAUUUCUUUCAAGUUUUCUCUUUCAUAGGGUUUCAUAUUUUGUAAGUGCUGUUACUAAUCCAUUACAUUUUCUUUUCUGUUCUGUAUAAAAAAAAUAUAGAUGCCUAUUUCUACAGUGACAAGCUACUCAUAUUUGGGAUUUAAAGAACCAUUUCAAUUCUGAUGUUGCAUUCAGUGCAUUUACUGAAAGAAAGGUUUCCCUUGCUCCAUUUUUUUUUAAAUUGUUGGAUCCAGCAUUGUAAGAGCUUCUCUCAAACAAUCCUUUAGCUAAUGGCAGUCGUGGAUCAUAGUAUGCAAACAAAGAGAUAAUUGUGGCAUGUAAUCAUAUAUUAUAUUAACAACUAUAUAAUGAGCCUAACAAAAUUUAAAAAAAUCAUGCUGUAAUUUCUGUCCACAAUUCUCUUAUUCUGCUCUAAAAAUUAGAAGAGCAAAUUAAAAAUAUAAAGUAGAUCAGGCUGGUCCAGACAAGGGAGUUAACUGAGUUGCCGAUGGGGCCAGGAAAGUCCCUGUGGUGUAUUGCAAUUGAUGGAGUCCUGUUAAGACUGUGUGUAGAAUAGUUGAUACAGUAGAAGCCUUUUUAUAUAUAAUGUUUGGCAGUUUACUAACUGAAAUCCUCUAAAAACCAGCAAUUUCUCCAUAAGCUUAAUUUUCUUACUCUCCAGGAAAAUCUGUGGUUCUAUCCAGCUUGAAUCCUCUGCCGUCUUUCAGUAGUUCUGGAUGCUGCUGAGAGUGCAAACUCAGUUAUUGUGCAACUUCUGCAAUAGUUCAGACAAAUUAUGUCAUCUUUGUUCAUUUUUUUACUUGUUCUUUGUAAGCUUUAGUGUUAUUGAUUAUGUGAUAACAUAUGUAAAUCUUGAGUAACCAGCAUAUUUGAUUAUCCUGUAUCUCUCAUUCUGUGGAUAUCAGGUGGCAAUUUUUUAUUGUAGUUGGAUUGAUGGUUUCAUACACAGCAGUACCUCCCGCUGGUGGACCACACUUAAACAGCAGUUGUGCCUGUUGUCAGGUAGCCAUUCAUAUUCCCUACACAUGUUUCUGAGCCUGGUGUUAAAGUAUGAAUCAGCUAUGUCACCUGAUCUUAGUGGAAGCUUGCAUUUGUGUACAGUUCUCUGUCAGUGCAAGUUGUCAAUCAACACAAUGGUUUGACAAGCAAUUGUAGAUUUCAAACUGAAGCAUACAAAAGGAAAAUUGAGAUUCUGUUUUAACAAUGAUAAUCAUCAGUGGUUGAAGAUUGCCAGAAAGGGUCUGUUACACUUCUCCUUACAUUGCAUUUGCAUCUAGUUUGGAACAGAAUGUCUUUCAUUUAAUUUACAAUGCAAUGAUGGUCAAUAAGACAGUGUUGGGAAAGAACAGCCACCAGUAGAAAGUUGUAUCUUUGUUGAUUUGUCUAUUUAUAUGGCUGUCAAUUCAUUCUGUUAGAUCUCCAAUAAAUACUGUAAUAACUUGAAAUUAUUUUAAAUGAUUUUAUUAUAUAAAAUAAAGAGUAGUAAAAUAACA